CCUCAAAACUUCAUUACGGCUUAUUCCAAUCUCUUCACCCACCAAACAAACAACUCUCUCUCGAACCAAAACGUUGAACGCAACCAAACGCUACAAUGACGGAAAAAGAGUGCAAGUUCGAGUACCGCAAAUAUGCGGAGGCGGCAACGAGACGCGUAGUGUACGGAUUUAUAGGCCUUGUCGCUACGGUUGCGGUUGUGAUUUUCUUUGUCUGGGCAAUACUUCACCCGCACAAACCGCGUUUUGUCCUGCAAGACGUUACCAUUUACGAGUUCAACAUCUCACAGCCUAAUUUACUCAGUUCAAAUCUCCAAGUAACUCUCUCUUCUCGCAACCCAAACGACAAAAUCGGAGUUUUCUACGACCGCCUCGACAUCUAUGCUUCGUACCGCAACCAAGAGGUGACCUUGGCGAAUCUACUGCCGGAAACGUAUCAAGGCCAUCUGGAAGUGACAGUGUGGUCGCCGGUUCUGAUUGGAUCCGCCGUGCCAGUGGAUCCUUACCUGACUCCGGCACUGAAGGAAGACAUAAACGCCGGGAUGGUGCUUCUAAACAUCAAGAUCGACGGUUGCGUUAAGUGGAAAGUAAGCUCGUGGGUAUCUGGAUGUUAUCGGCUCCUCGUUAACUGUCCGGCGUUCAUUCCCUUCUCCGGCCAGGUAGUCGGCGCCGGUCCUGCGAUCAAGGACCAGCUUGCUCAGCAAUGUGCUGUUGACGUAUGAUAAAAAGAAGACGAAUAUUUUUUUUAGACGAAUAAAGGAGAUAAAGGUGCUUGACUCUGCAGCCUGCACAAGAAAUGCCAGGAUUAGGCAAAGCUUACAAGGGUGGUUUUAUUUUCUAGUUGGAUAUAAGAGGCACAUGAAAACGACUAUGUAGCUACUGGAUAUAAUUUGUGGAAUGAAAAAGUUGAAAAUUUAGUUAAAAUAGUAAUCUAAAGCUCAUGAAGAAUAGUCGCUAUAGCCCUUUUUCAGAAAAAGAAAGAAAGAAUAGUAGCUAUAUUUAUCUCUAGUGUAUAGAUAAUUGUAGUGGAUUAGUAAAAACUAAAAAGGUAUUGUACCAAAGGUUUCUUUGUGGAUCAUGUUUCAUGGAAAACAAAACCAUGGAGAGUUUACAUUGUACUAAAAUUAAGUAUCUUCUUCCACUGUUUGUUGUUGUUUUGGAUCAAUUGUUGUGUAUAUGUUGUUGGUGGUGAGAUACACAAGAGACUCAUAUAGUCACUGUCACAUACUCACAUGUGAGGUGUGGAAUCAUCUUCAUGUUAGUGACAUUUGCACGCCCUUACGGUAUACGUAGCGUGAAGCACAAUACUCCUUACUUGUUUCUCCCUUUUAGUUACAUUUUUUUCUUUUGUGUGAAAUUUUUAAAAGUUGACACGCUUUUUAGAAGUUUAGUUUACAGAAGAUUCUUAACGCAAAAAGAAAUUCGAUAACUUUAGCUCCUCAACAAACUUCUUACUUGCCGCGUGCCGCUGUUGAUUUAAUGACGUUUGUAAGUAACCAACCAAUGAACCAACGCAUACACCUGUGGCCAGCCACAUUGUCAAUGUCAAACCAAAAUAUAAGGCAAAAAAAAAAAAAAGGCAACAAGAAAAAAUGUUAAAACGUGCGAUUUAAUGGGCUGUUAAUAAGUUGGGCCUUACCAAGAAACCAACAUAAAGCCCAUACAUGUUAACGCAAUAUUUGAUAAGAUGCCGUCUGGGUUACUUCUGUUCUCUGGAUUAGAGCUAGUGGACCAGAGACGACAAGCACUGUGUCUGGUCCGAAAUUCUUCAACUUCCAGUGACUUCCACUAUCGAUUUCUGGAUGUUCUCUCUGAUUGAAAGGCCAAGGUGUUUUUAUUCGUGGUUUUAAAGAUGGGGAACAAAGCUACAACAACUGUGAAAGAAGAACGCGAAGAGAUCCACUUGAAGGUUGUACCUCCAGUAGACAGGGCUUUUAUGCGUUGGCUUGCAAGAGAUCUACAGAGAGUUCAGGGAUUCAAACCGAAGAACACUCGUGCCAUCACUCCUCCUGAUAGCUACAUCGAGUUCAUGCGGUUGAAUGGAUCGCUUGAUGUUGAUUUGGAUGACCCUGAUCUUGCCCAUUUGUUCAAGUAAAACAAAAAUGGUGGCUGCGUUUCUUUCUUUUUUUUUUUAACAGCUCAAGCUUUUUCAAAGUCUUAGCGUCUCUUUUGAUUACUUUACACUUGAGCUUGUGUGUUUAAAUGGGAUACAAGUGUCUGCAUUCAGAUAAACAAAUGUUUUCUAUUCAGUUGUCUUAACAUUGCCAAAAGUUGUAUGAGCUGGUGGAUUUAAUUUGGAUUUUAUCUCAAAACUCAAAACAUAAAUAGUUUUCUGUUUUCUGUAA